AUACGUUAUAAUCACGGUGAGGAGAGUCGAAUUUUGGUAAAAUCGGAAGGAGAAACCGAUCGAUAUGGAGGGAGAUUAUCAUGGGGAUAUUAAUACGUACACAAAGGCGGUAACUUUGUUGGAAUCUGAAGUUAGCAGUGGAGGGUUGUGUGUUGCUGGAAAGGAUAAGGUGGUUUCUAGAAAUCCAGAGAGGAAAUCUCUUCUAGGUUUGGAUGCGCUUGCUAAUGCAAAACGAGAAUUGAAAAGUGUGUUCAGAGUUCCUAAAGAUAAGCCUGUUUCAGCUGUGGCUUCUGUUGAUGAAGAUGAGAAUUCUAUGUUGUCUGAAGUGGAUAACCUAGAAACCGACUUACUUCAUGUUAGACCAUCUAAGCGAUGUUAUCGGCGAAACGCGACAGUAGAUUCUUCACGAUCAGAAAGUUGUUUAACAAGCGAAGGACGUUCUCGAGCAACUGAAUUGUGUAGUCUAUCUGGUGGAAGCUAUCGAAGUGUUCAGUCUCAUACUCCUUUCAAGUAUGGCAGAGAUGGCCGUCACCGUGAACGAAGAGAUUACAGGGAUGAUACUAGGUCAGAGAGUAGAAGUGUCAGGCAAAGACACAGUGUUAGAGAAACGCCUGAUCGAUUCAGGGAUCAGAGAUACCAUGAAGACUCUCGGAGUAAAUACGAAUAUUCUUCUAGAAGGGCACAUGGAUCUGAUUGGGAUGAUGGAAGAUGGGAAUGGGAAGACACCCCACGUAGGGAUAAUCAUUCUACACCUAGUAGGAGCCACCGGCCUUCACCAGCCCCAAUGCUAGUUGAUUUUUCACCUGAUGGUCGUCUGGUGUCCCCAUGGCUGGGAGGUACACCUUAUGCAGGUAUUCUUCAGGGUCUGGUGCUCUCUCCCUGGGACUGUGUAUCACCAUCUCCCGUCCCAAUACGUGCUUCGGGGACAUCCUCAGUGAGAUACUCAAGUUCUCGUCCUGGUGGAAGAUCACAUCAACUUAAAUCUUCCGCCGGAAAAUAUGAGGGUAAUGGUGCAGAUGAACGUUCUUCUAGCAUGAGUCAUGAGAUCACAGAGAAGUUGCGUUUACAGAUGGAGUACGAUGCUGACCGAGCAUGGUACGAUAGAGACGAGGGUAACACAUCAUUUGACGGUGAUAGCUCAUCAGGUUUUCUGGGGGAUGAGGCUUCUUUCGAAAAGAAAAAGGCAGAGGUGGUGAAGAAACUGGUUCGCAAGGAUGGAACCUUGAUGACACUUGCACAGAGCAAAAAGUUAUCUCAGAUGAAUGCUGAUUAUGCACAAUGGGAAGACCGCCAGCUUCUGAGAUCAGGAGCUGUUAGAGGAACUAUAGUGCAAACAGAAUUUGAAGAUGAGGAUGAACGCAGAGUGAUUCUCCUUAUUCACGAUACAAAGCCUCUUUUCCUGGAUGGAAGAGUUGUCUUUACGAAACAAGCAGAUCCUAUAGUGCCCUUGAAGGACCCUAGUUCAGAUAUGGCAAUGAUAUCACGCAAAGGAUCUGCUCUAGUAAAAGAAAUCCAUGAGAAACAGAGUCAGAAUAAAUCCCGUCAAAGGUUUUGGGAACUUGCGGGAUCGAAGCUUGGUGAUAUCCUGGGUGUUGAAAAGACAGCGGAGCAGGUCGAUGCAGAUACUGCUGUAGUUGGGGAUGAGGGAGAAAUCGACUUCAAAGAGGAUGCUAAGUUCGCUCAGCACAUGCAGCAGAAGGGUGAAGCUGUAAGUGACUUUGCGAAGUCAAAGACUUUAAUGCAGCAACGCCAAUAUCUGCCGAUAUACUCUCAGCGUGAUGAGUUGAUGCAGGUAAUUCGUGAAAAUCAGGUGAUCAUCAUCGUGGGAGAAACUGGUUCAGGAAAAACGACUCAACUUACACAGUAUCUGUACGAAGACGGAUAUGCUACAAACGGGAUUGUCGGUUGCACACAACCAAGGCGUGUUGCAGCAAUGAGUGUUGCAAAGAGAGUCAGUGAAGAGAUGGAGACUGAGCUUGGUGAUAAAGUUGGUUAUGCUAUUAGGUUUGAGGACGUGACUGGUCCAAAUACAAAGAUAAAGUACAUGACAGAUGGAGUACUUCUUCGUGAGACACUAAAAGAUUCCGACCUCGCUAGAUACAGUGUCGUAGUCAUGGAUGAAGCACAUGAAAGAUCUCUAAAUACGGAUGUGCUGUUUGGAAUUUUGAAAAAAGUUGUUGCUCAGCGUCGUGACUUUAAGCUCAUUGUGACAUCUGCAACCCUGGACGCUCAGAAAUUCUCCAACUUUUUUGGAGGUGCUCCACUCUUCGAAAUCAAGGGGAGGACGUUUGACGUUGAUAUCUUUCAUAGUAAGUGUCCUUGCGAAGACUAUGUCGAAGGUGCCGUGAAGCAGGCCAUGUCCAUUCAUAUCACGUGCCCUCCUGGUGAUAUCUUAAUUUUUAUGACUGGUCAAGAAGAGAUUGAAGCAACUUGCUUUUCCCUACAAGAGCGUAUGGAUGAACUUGCUUCCACCACCAAGAAAGGGGUUCCUAAACUGUUGAUACUCCCGAUAUACUCCCAACUUCCAGCUGAUCUGCAAGCCAAAAUCUUUCAAAAAGCUGAAGAUGGGGCGCGGAAAUGUAUCGUUGCAACUAAUAUUGCUGAGACGUCACUGACGGUGGAUGGUAUCCUAUAUGUGAUUGACAGUGGUUAUAGUAAGAUGAAAGUGUACAAUCCUAGGAUGGGUAUGGAUGCACUCCAAGUGUUUCCAGUCAGCCAAGCUGCUGCUAAACAACGUGCAGGUCGUGCAGGGAGAACAGGUCUAGGUCAAUGCUACAGGCUUUACACUAAGUCUGCUUUUGAGAAACAAAUGCUUCCGAGUCCUGUACCUGAGAUUCAAAGGACUAAUCUUGGUAAUGUUGUUCUAUUGCUGAAAUCACUGAAGAUUGAGAACCUGCUGGAUUUUGACUUCAUGGACCCGCCACCUCAAGAUAAUAUCCUCAACUCGUUGUACCAAUUGUGGAUACUGGGUGCCUUGAAUAACGUUGGGAGUCUGACAGAGCUGGGGUGGAUGAUGGUGGAGUUUCCGUUGGAUCCACCACUUGCAAAAAUGCUUCUAAUUGGAGGACAACUUGGAUGCUUAAACGAGGUGUUGAUAAUUGUGUCCAUGUUAUCAGUGAGCAAUGUAUUCUUUAGGCCAAAAGAGCGUGCUGAGGAAAGUGAUGCAGCCAGGGAGAAGUUUUUUGUGCCAGAGUCUGAUCACCUAACGUUGCUCAAUGUAUACCAGCAGUGGAAAGCAAAUCAAUACCGUGGUGACUGGUGUAACGACCAUUAUUUGCAUGUGAAAAUAUUAAGAAAGGCCAGAGAGGUGAGGUCACAGUUACUAGACAUUCUAAAGACCUUGAAGAUCCCACUAACCACUUGUGGUCUGGAUUGGGAUGUCGUACGCAAGGCUAUAUGCUCUUCCUACUUCCACAAUGCUGCCAGACUAAAGGGGAUCGGUGAGUAUGUGAACUGCCGCAAUGGGAUGCCGUGUUACCUUCCUCAGAACAGUGCUCUGUAUGGAUUGGGCUACUCUCCAGAUUAUGUGGUGUAUCAUGAAUUGAUCUUAACUACCAAGGAGUAUAUGCAAUGUGCUACGGCAGUGGAGCCACAGUGGUUGGCGGAGAUGGGUCCAAUGUUUUUUUCAGUCAAGGAUUCAGAUACUUCGAUGUUGGAUCACAAGAAGAAGCAAAAAGACACAAAGACUGCCAUGGAGGAAGAGAUGGAGAAUUUGAGGAAGGAGCAAGCAGAAAUGGAGAAGGUAAACCAGGAAAAAGAGAAGCAGAAGAGGGCAAAGCAGCAGCAACAGAUUUUGAUGCCUGGAUAUACCAAAUGUUCUUCCACUCAUCUAAAACCAAAAAAGUUUGGAAUGUAAAUAUGUACAAAUAAGUUGAUGAUUUAUCAUCUGUUAUCUGGUAACCCUGUUUUGAUGCCUGGAUAUACCAAAUGUUCUUCCACUCAUCUAAAACCAAAAAAGUUUGGAUUGUAAAUAUGUACAAGUAAGUUGAUGAUUUAUCAUCUGUUAUCUGGUAACCUGUUUUGCUGGGAAGUUAUUAAUUCUGUUAA